UAAUCAGUUUCAUCUAAAGCCAUGCGCUUACAGAUCUUGUACAGAAGUGACUGUUAGGUGACAAUGGGCUAUUUUUGGAACACCUUUAGGAAAUUCACACGAGGUUCUGCUUAAAACAGGCAUCUGUGUGAUGUAAUGCAUUUUUUUUUUUAAGAACUAAUAAGUUUUGCUUAAUGUGACACUAAAUUAUAGGCCUACAUUUAUGCAUUUAUAACAGUGUGUGUAUUGCUAAUGCAAUGCUACACUCCUUUUGGAAUACAGUUACUUUAUUGUAUUACAUAAAACGUCUAAUUUCAAAGAACUGUAGACCUCAAUAGUUUGUUUUUUACUUACCUGUGUGUUUAAAGCCUGGGUAUCUUUGUGGGCAACAUGGGAAAUCACCUAUCUUAGAAGAGAGGGAGGUGCUUUUUUUAGCCAUAUAUACAUGAUGUUCCACAAUCACGCAUGCAUGAUGUAUACAUUAAAGUAGCUUUGGAUUAGAGGAAUGUAAAGUUGUUGAAACAGGUUUGGGAAUAUACUGUACUGUAUCUUGUGGUGUCAUUUCAUUGAUGUUUUGCUUUCUAAGGCUUGUAUGGUAAUAUAGUCCAUGCAUUUAGGUCACUAGGCUAUCUGGAGGCUUUGUCCUACAUCGUUCUGUAAAUAUACAUCUUUGGUUUCAUGAUACCAUUUUUUUGGUUUGUGCCAGUCACGAAGAUGACCGGCUCGAAUAACCCCAGGUUCCAGCUUCUGAUUGGCUGGUGCUGCCUGAUGUCCGCAGCUCUUCUGAUGAUGACAGUAUUUCUUGCUAUCAAAGAACAGCCAAAUACAAACACAACAGGUAAAGAACCCAAUCAAUCAGUAAACAGCAUGUCUUACAGCGCCAGCCUGAAGGGUUCCCCGCCGUUGUUCAAAGACUAUAUUCGUCUUAUUAAGGCUGAUGACCACAAAUACUGGAUGUGCGGUUUUCCAUGUGAGAACAGCUCCAUUGCUCUGAAGAAAAACAUCUCUGUUGAAAUAACAAUAAGCGGCCUCUACUUCAUCAAUGCCCAGUUCCUCUUCACAAAAUCCUAUACACAAAAUCCAGAAAACAGAAAACCGCUAAGUGCUAUUUUGCUCCGAAACCAAGUGCACGGAAAAACAGAGAAAAAGCUGAGUGAGGUCAAACGCUAUGAAGAAGGAUCUCUCUCAUUGAUCAAAAUGGUCCAUCUGACGAAUGGCGACAGCAUCCGUCUGGACGUACAAUCACAUUCCAUGGAACUAACAACAGAUGAAUGCCAUACCUAUUGGGAAAUCACCUUACUUUCUAACCAAUUAUAAUUUGGGGAGAAAUCCUUAACAUUUUUCUCAGGGAGGUUAAGACUAACAAGGCCUUUUUUAAAUCAAAUGAUUCGUUUGAAGGAUAAGUGUCUGUCGAAGUAAAGUCUGUAUUUAUAAAUAAAAAAGUAAAUGCACUGUUCUCAUAUUCUGCACUUGUGCACACUUGCGGGAUUAGUGCUACAAUAGGUAAAACAUUUGUAUUGAUUGUAUGGUAAGUUCUCAAGCCCAUUUCGGGUUCUAAAGGAAUAAACUUUUGUUUUUUAUGUUGAAUUUGUUAAGUGUAUUUUAAAUAUAUUUUAUAUAAAGUAUUUAGAGUAAUUGCUAUGAUAUUGUUUGAAUUUUUAUAUUAAAAUAUUGUGUCUUUAAAAAAAUUAUUGCAAAUUGUAAUUUGUGUGUUUUAUUUAAAAGAUGUUUUAUUUAGCAUUUAAAGUAG